AUGACGAGGCGACGGCGCCCAACGUCCUCACGCCAGAAGCUGGCGGAGGCUGUCAAGCAAAAUGUCCCUCCAGGCUACACCCUCGAAGAGUGGAUGAAGAAACAGGAGCAAGAUGCCAUCACGGAGGCGAUUCAGGAGAAGACAUCUGAGAUGAUGAAGAACGUCAUGGAGGCCAUUCAGGCCAUCGAGAUCCGAAGACGACACAAAGCACACGUCAUCAAAGAAGCACUUGACUGCGCACACGCCCUCGUCGAGCUGUCAUAUCUGAGACGAGACGAUGGCGAGCCGCCUGAAGCACAUGACACAUGGGAGCCCGAUACAGAGCCGAGCACAAUCCCGAUUGAUACGUGGGCACCCGGGUCAGUGCCUGUGGUGCAGGUGCCCAUGGAGGAAGUGGCUCGCUCCGCACUUGCCACGCCCAUUGCCGAUGCAAACUACGCCCCGUCGGAGGCCGGCGAGCGCGGUGCGAUAUCACCGCUGCCCGGGUCACUUGCCGCGUCGCCUGCGACGUCGCCCAAGCGCGGCGGCGGCGGCGGUGGCGGUCGCACACGCAGCCGUCGAUCGAGGACCAGCGCCAGUAGCGGGAUGACGGGUGAGGAGGAAGCGGAGCAACAGCAACAGCAACAGCAGCAGCACGGGCGUGGUGAUGGUGGUGAUGGUGGUGGUGGCGAGCGGCGGCAACGUCCAAAGUCUGGGCGAUCCAGGGCAGCUGGUGGUGGCGAUGUGGACAGCUCGCGACGAGCGCGGGCAGCUGUAUCCGCGCCACCGCGACCAGCACCGCUGCCCACACCGCACGAACACAACAGGCCAGACACAACGGCAGGGACCACAGAAGCAGGGCGCGCGGUGCCCAAGCCGCCGCCGCCUGUUGCUGCUGGCGGCGGCCGGGUGUCGUCGCGUGCGCGAUUGCGGCGCCACGUCCAGCCCGCCACCCCCUUUGAAGGGAACCAGCACCCCGUCCUCCCAGGUAUCGGCCAGAAGCAGCAGCAGCAGCAGCAGCAGCAGCAACAGCAACAGUCGGUGUCGACAAACUCAUAG